CGAACGAUAUAUGAGGUGGGACAACAUACAGGCAGGAUAAUUGAUCGACGAUCGCCUUUUUGACAGAAGUGCUGUUUUUAAAAAUAGCCUGGUAGAGACGAUGCUUAUCACUUAUUUUUUUACAGUUUAGAUGAAGAACAUUUUUUCUAUUUUGGAUAAAUACGUCAUGUCGCACAUUUCGAGGACUUAAAUAUCCAAAGCUCAGUAAAAAUCAUGGUGACCAUGACUCCCUCACCUCUGCCAGAGAGAGCCAUUUAUGGCUUUGUUCUUUUCCUUGGCUCACAGUUCGGCUUCUUUCUGUAUUGCCUGUGGGCUUUCAUACCCGAGGAGUGGCUUCACUCAGUCGGGCUGACUUACUGGCCUCAAAAAUAUUGGGCUCUUGCAGUGCCAAUCUAUCUGCUGGUUGUAUUAAUGCUCGUUGUGCUGAUGCUGUUCGGGGUGAACAUGAACAACACAGCUCCGCUCGACUCCGUGGACAGCAUCACAGAUGUGUACGCCCGAAGCCAGACGUCAGAGAGCUGCCACAAGGGGCAAAUACCCAGACUGAAAGAUGUUUCCAUCAGCGAAGUCAACAAAAUGUUUUACUUUUCGCCCAAAUGAUGGCGAACAGAGACUGAUUUUGAGUAGGAGAGAAGCUGCUGUGGAUGUAAAGUAUUGUCACUGUUUACACCUUGUUUAUUUAAGAAGGAUUAUGCUUUAAUUAUUUACAGCGGAACAAUGCAACAUGGACCAAAGGUUCACUGGCUGAGUCGACUUUCCCUCUCUCUGUCUGUGUGUGUGUGUUUGUUAAUAACAGUGAUAUGCUGAUGUGAUGGAUUGGAUAACAAUAUCACAAUUUUCUGUUGGAGGAAAAAGGUAGCAUGGCAGUAUUUUUGAGAAAUUGCAGUCUUUUUAAAUAUUGUAAUAUUUUGUGCAUGAUUAUGCUUCAUAAUCAUAUAAAAGCAAUAGGAUGUUUUAUAUACAUGAUGUCCUGUAGCAUUAGAGGGUGACUUGGACAAGUUUGAAUUGUCCUGAAUCAGAUUUACGAAUAUAAAGAUGGUGUUAGAUUUUAUUGUAAAAUAGGUCCGUCUGAUUGGUCUACAUCACAACAAGAGCUGCAAUAAAGAAAAACAAUUCUUCCACUGAAUUAAUUCCA